ACCGCGCGAGUAUCUAAUGCAAUUUAGAUGGUCAACAUUGGAUGUCAUGAUGCUACUAGUCCUUCUACUUUUCUUGGAUCAAAGUUUGGCAAGUCACAGAGCCUUGGAAAGUGAAACGUGCGUGGUUGAAGUCUCCAAACUCCGCCAUCAGUUACGACGUUUGCAGAGUCAGUUCCUGCUUGGAACUUGGCGGCUGAAAUAUAUAAAGGAGCAUAAUAACUACUGGAUAAAGGAAAACACUAAAACAGGAAAGGAGGAACAAGCAACCACGUCACAUUCCAUUAGUCCAAAUCUGUUUACAUAUCACCAUGAUUGCUCUGAGGUAUACAACAGCGGCAAAACCACAAGCGGAUAUUACAAAAUUAAGCCAAAGUCUGUUGCUGAACCAUUACUUGCAUACUGUGAUAUGUCAGAGGGUGGUGGAUGGACGGUCAUUCAACGUCGCAGUAAUGGCAAAGUGAAUUUUAAUAGAGGCUGGGAUGACUAUAAAUCAGGCUUUGGAUUAUUUCAAGGGAAGAAUGAUGAAUAUUGGCUUGGAAAUGAAAACAUACACCAAAUUCUGGCUGCAGGAAGGUAUAUAAUAAAGAUCGACCUCACUGACUGGAAUGGAGAAAAAAGAUAUACUACAUAUGAAAAAUUUAACAUUUCAGAUGAAGAGGAUAAAUACAGACUAACAUUUGGAAGCUAUGCUGGGACUGCAGGAGAUGCAUUGUCUGGUGGUUUAGCCCCAGAGGAGCAAUGGUCAUCUUCUCACAAUGGGAUGCAAUUCAGCACUUCAGAUCAGGACAAUGACAGAUACUGGCAAGGGAGUUGUGCUCAAGAAGUUAAAAGUGGUUGGUGGUUUAACAGGUGCCAUUCAGUGAACCUUAAUGGAAAAUAUUAUCGCCAUGGCAACUACACUGCAAAGUAUGAUAAUGGUAUUCUAUGGAGCACCUGGAAAGGAUGGUGGUACUCUCUGAAGUUCACAACCAUGAAAGUCAGACCACUUUAUUUCUUUGCAGCAUUUGGAAGUGGAGAUUAUGACAAUAUAAUUGGCUAGUAAUUAUUGAGAAGGACUCGAUUUUCAUCUCAUAUGCAAAAUUACUUUGUCUAAUUAAGAGAAAAAUAUUUUACAGCUAAACUUUUGGUAUAGGUAUUGGUAUUGGUUUACUAUUGUCACUUGUACCGAGGUACAGUGAAAAACUUGUCUUGCAUACCAUUCGUACAGAUCAAUUCAUUACACAGUGCAUUUUUGCAAUAUGUCCCAAUGUAAUGGCUAUGAGUUGAAUAUUUUCUGAUAAUAAAUUAGUUUUCUAAUUUUGAUUGCAUUUUAAUUAGUGGGCAUCAUUCUGCAAAAGGACUUUUUGAUGGGCUUUUCAGGUAGGUCAAGUACUUGCCUGCCUGAAGUAUGUGUAAGGCUUCUUAAGAUAUAAAAUGGUCCUGCAUUAAUUAAAGAAAUUGACACUGGACAUUCAAAAGAAUGGCCACAGACAUUCUUAAAUUUUAUAUUUGUAUAUCCAGAAAAAGCAGAAGUGAAAAUCUCUGGCUCAUUACUGAUAUUCUUGAGGUUCCAUUCCUGACCUCGCCUCUCCCAGACUCGACCUGUCAACUGACUGCAUGCAAUUUCCUCACCUCCCCAACCUGUGACCUGUGGUGUGGCUGUAGACUGCUACCAAUACUUAAGUGAAGCCUGGAGCUGGAAUGGUUCAGGGCUUCAUGCUGGUACAAACCAGUCAUUAAGUUGCCAUCUUAGGCGCAAGUCUAGUUUUACAAUCAGCAUUGACCUGAAGCUAAUAUCAGAAAGUAACCAUGCCUUGUAUUAUCUUUCUGACAUUGAAAUCAAUAUUGAGCACUUGUCUAUUGUUAUAUCUUUAAGCAAGCAUUCAUGUAAAUCUUUAGGGUUUAAGACAUAAUUUUCAUACUACAUUCAACUAAGUUUUUUAAUUGAAAGUAGCAUUUAUUUCACAAUGCAACAUAUAAAUAGGCUUUAAAUCACUGAAAAUCAGAGCACCCAUGAGAAUUUGCUGCUUCUUUAGCAUUAUGUGGUGUAUGUGCACAUGAAUCCAUAAUCUUAUUAUUUGCAAAUUUGUAAAGCAAUUAUUGGAAGUUCCACAGCACUUGCUUUCUGAUCGUCCCUCCUCCCCAUUUGUACAUGCCUGCAUUUUGAGAUCUACAUAAAUACAUCCAAGAAGCAGGAAUUGAUUGAUCACUUGGAAAUAAAAAAACUUGUCAUCUUGUGGUUGUCUGACUGAAUAAUAUACAAUAAAUAUAUCAACAAGAUACUAUCUUGAAAUGAUUAUAUCAUAUUGUUUGAGUAUCUCAAAGAAUGUAAGAAUGUAAAAUUAUUUCCAUCUAUGUGUUAUUAACUUUCAGGUUGCUAGGAAGUCAAAACAAACUCUGGAUGGCCAGUGCAUUCUAUGAUAUUGAAAUAAAUGCUGGUAUUACUUUAGUAAGGAUAAACAAAUACUAAAGGUUUUACUAUUAAUCCCAUACAAUUAAA